CAUCUACCACCGCCCGCCUUCAUAGACGUUCAGCCUUCUUUUAGGCAGUUAGGCAUCGUACAUCGUCUUUCAACUGGCAUGUCGGGUUUGUCUCCGGUGCCUUGGUGAUAGAUCCUAAACUUUGUUUUCUUUUCUUGCCAGUCAACUUUGAUUUUUCUCCCAUUUCAAAUAAGAAGGGAGCCCAUCUUCUCACUCCCCAUUCAUCGCCCGCAGCUCGAUGACGCGCAAACAAACUAAGAAACAAGCGAGCAAACACGCCAACAUGACGACCAAUCUCGCUGAGGAUAUCUCUCAGAAGACUUCUGGUUUUAUCCAGUCUAGCAAUCACAGGGAUCUCCUCGAUAUCGUUGACUCUCUCAGAUCUCAUGGUGUGAGCCACUACAUCGACCUGCCGCAGAUCAUCGUGUGCGGUAGCCAGUCGUCGGGCAAGAGUUCUACUCUCGAAGCUCUCUCCGGAAUCUCCUUCCCGACGGCGGAAGGGCUCUGCACCCGGUUCGCAACUGAGCUCGUUCUUCGGCGUGGGGAUAAGCACGAGGUCAAGGUACACAUCCAGCCUAGUCCUAACCGGACUGAUGUAGAACGAAUUCGCCUGUCGUCCUUCGCCGGGGAGACGAGGGAUAUCGAUGCCUUCCCUAAGCUUAUAGAGGCCGCCAAGGAAGCGAUGGGACUGACCGGAAGCGACGGUUCUAAGAUUUUUACCGCGGACGUGUUGCGUGUCGAGAGCACGUCGCCCACCGCAUCUAAUCUGACUCUCGUUGACUUGCCUGGCCUGUUCGGCGCCUCUGACAAGAACCAGUCAGAGGACGACGCCACUCUCGUCGAGAACCUGGUAACGGGCUAUAUGAAACAGCGCCGCAGUAUCAUUCUUGCCGUUAUCGCCGCCGAUAACCCGUUUGCCAAUCAGCCUGUGACUCGGUUUGCUCGAAAGAUCGACCCCGCCGGCACGAGAACGCUUGGUCUCAUUACGAAACCAGACAAAAUCGACGUUGGCUCUGAAAGCGAGGCCUACUAUCUAGAGCUGGCGCAGAACCUGAACGUGAAGCUGAAUCUCGGAUGGCACGUCCUACGCAACAGGAGCCAUGCUACGGCCAAGGACAGCAUCGCCGAGAGGGACAAGAGAGAAGCCGAAUUCUUCGCCGACUCGGUCUGGUCAACCCUCGAUGAGUCGCAGCUUGGCGUGGAACGGCUUAGGUCUCGCCUAAUCAACAUCUUGUGGAAGCAGAUCCGAACUAAUUUGCCAACCGUCAAGGUCGAAGUCCAAGCCGGCAUUGCGGACUGUAGAGCCAAGUUGACGCAGCUAGGACAGGCACGCAGUACGCAGAGAGAGAAGCACACGUAUCUUCAACGCAUUAGCAGCCGCCUUUCGAAACUAUCUCGAGCAGCUAUUGACGGGGUAUACGCCGAUCCGUUCUUUGAGUCCUUUCCCGGCCAGCAGGACGCUUUCACGAGACGGCUACGUGCAAAUGUGCAAAAGAUCCUCGCCGACUAUGCAGAAAAGAUGAGAGAGGAUGGGCACGCCCUAGAGAUUGUGGAAGACGACAUGAAUCCAACCCGAACAGCAACGAGGCGAUAUAUGAUGAGAGGGGAUUACUUGAGUCUGGUGAAGGAGCUUACGAUGGAAUGCCGAGGUCGCGAGUUGCCAGGAACUUACAAUCCCCUCGUCGUAGGCGACCUAUUUUGCAGACAGUGCAAGCCUUGGGGACCUAUCACGCAGAACCUGGUUGAGCAGAUCCAUGAAGCUGCAGCUGACAACUUCAAUAAGAUCGUAUCGGAGAUUUGCGAUGAGAAUACCAGAUCUCGCCUCAUGAAGUGGCAUAUUCAGCCAGCGUUGCAUCUGCUCCGGCAAAAGUUGAAGGACAAAGUCGACGAAUUAUUGAAACCGCAUUCGGCCAUUCACCCGAUUACUUAUAACGAUUAUCUCACGAAGGAGGUUCAGAAGAUCCAGACAGAGCGUCACGACAGGUUGUUCGACGAAAUUUCCAAGGCUCAAUGCAAAUAUACGUCAGAAACUGCGCCGGUCCAACCCGUACAAGUAAACUUGAGAUCACUCCUUUGGGCACUCAAAUCGGGGACUCGGCCUGAUGUUGAAGAGUACUCGGCUUCACUUGCAGCUGAUGUCGCCGCGGCAUAUUAUCAGGUUGCUCUCAAGAAAUUCACCGAUGAUAUUAGCGUAGAUGCCAUCGAGACCUGUCUAAUACAACGCCUACCAGAAGUGCUCAGCCCUGAUGUGAUAUGGGACCUGUCCCAGGAAGAUGUUGAGCGACUAGGAUCCGAGGACGACAACACGGUCAAGGAGCGCGGAGAACUCACGAAGCAGCUAGACAGUCUUGAGAAGGGUCUGAAGGACCUAGAUGCGUUUACGGCCCGGGCUGCUGUCCGAGCAGUAACCAAGGAUGAGCUAUGAAGGCUUUAGCAUAAUACGUUGUGAAGGGAAUGCCACUUCUUAGACGGCGACGUUAGGUUUGUAGGUGUUCGGACUGGCCGUACUGUCCAUCA